AUUCAAUUUCAGCUGGUAUUGGACGUCGUGUAACACCGCUGUCAUUCACUUCACUUCUGUUCCUUCUAUUGCUCGCAUCUCUUGUUGUUAUCGGUUACCUAUGGUAUCGUAAGCAGCCACAUCAAUUUGCUGUUCUGCAUAUUGAUAAUCCGAUUUACAGAAGGACAGUUGAGGAGAUGGAUCCGGAUAUGGAUGCGUUUGCAGAUGGUGCGUACAUUUAG